ACUUAAAAAAUUCCAAAUAAAGUAUGGCCAAACGCCUACUUAGUAACACCCAUUUUCGCAACAGAGCCAUUUGGGUAUAACAAUUUGUUCUUCAAUGUCCAGCACAUUAAUCAAGAUUCGAUUUUUUUCUAUGUAGAGCUCAUAUUAGUGGAAAUUAGUAGUUUGGGUCACUAUUAUUUUUGGAAAUUAGAGAUUCUUGAAUGUCCAGCAGACUAAUCAAGAUUUCAUUUUUUUCCUUUUUUCAACACUAGCAAUUAUGCAGAGCUCAUAUUAGUGAAAUUAGUCAUUUGGGUCACUGUUAUUUUUGGAAAUCUGAGAUUCUUGAAUGUCCAGCACAGUAAUCAAGAUUCAAUUUUUUCCAUUUUUUCUUACACUAGCUAUUAUGUGGAGCUGAUAUUAGUGGAAAUUAGUACUGUGGGUCAUUGUUAUUUUUGGAAAUUAGUGAUUCUUUGGAAUGAAAAUGUAUUCUUCUUUGGGUAUGGAAGGAAAUGGAGGAAUUAGUGAAUAUCAUAAUCAUUUUCAUAAUUUACAGAAUUCAUUUUCUGGAGAAAUUACAAAUUUGCCAGGGGAUGCUUGUCUUGUUUUAACGGCGGAUCAUAGGCCACGUCUCCGGUGGACGGCUGAGCUACAUGAACGUUUUGUUGAUGCUGUCACACAACUCGGUGGCCCUGAUAAAGCAACGCCAAAAACAAUUAUGAAAGCAAUGGGGGUGAAAGGACUCACCCUAUAUCAUUUAAAGUCACACCUCCAGAAAUACCGCCUAGGGAAGCAAUCUAAGGAGGCUUGUGAGAACUAUAAAGAUGAAUCAUCUGUGGCAGAGAGCCAAGAUACAAGCUCCUCUGCAUCUGGUUCGUCAAAAGUAGUUGCCCAGGAUAUAAAUGAUGGGUACCAAGUGACCGAGGCUUUUCGAGUACAAAUGGAAGUCCAGCGAAGACUACAUGAGCAGCUAGAGGUACAGCGCCGUGUCCAGCUUCGUAUUGAAGCACAGGGCAAGUAUUUGCAAGCAAUUCUUGAGAAAGCAUGUAAAGCUCUUAACUACCCGGCCGUGGAAUCUACUGAUCUGGAUGCCGCCAGCGAACAGCUUUCUGAAUUGGCAAUCAAAGGUGCCAACAACUGUGAUGGGAUUGUCACAGUUUCUUCAUUACCUGAAAUAGUUACAGGUUUUGAGAACAAAAAUGCUUCCGAUAUGCCUGCUAGAAUUGGUGACUGCUUGCCAUCAAAUAGAAGCCUGGUUUCACCCACGCGCAUCGGUGCUCUAAAGAAGAGACCACGAGCUUUUGCUAAUGGAGACGCCUUGCCAGUGGAAAACAAUAUGGCGCAGGUGCAAUGGAUGAUGACUAAUUCCUGAGUAAAGUCAGUUAUAUGAAUUUUUACUAUCUAUUUAAGCUCAUUGCAGUUCAGUAUUAUAUAAAAUGUUCUUCUCCCCCUAUCUGUUUUAUCCAGAAAGAUGAGACAUGUUGAAUUUCACAUGCAACUUGUACAUUCUUUAUGUUUACUUGUUUGUAUAUUCUAAGUUAAUCAUUUCAAGUACCUUUUAUUAGGAAGAUCA